AGCGCUCAGAUCUUACCAUGUCGAAAAGACUCAGUAGACGUAAACAGAGAGAGGCAGAAGAACUUGAAGCCCUUAGAACGCCUACUCCUCCUGCUAAAGAGCUCGUGGGAGAGCUGGAGGAAAGUGAAGAUGAGGGUCCUCGGCCUCCCUUAUCUGUCCCGGUCAACGCCUUUGCCGCCCUUGAAGAAGAAGAUUACAAUGAAGAUGAUGUUGAAGAAGAGGAGCAGCAUACUCCUUCUGUAAUCCCCGAAAAGAGCAAGAAAAAGAACAAGAAGAAAAAAUCCAGCAAGAAGACGAAAGCUCCGGAUCCAUUUGCUGGUCUUGACGAAGUUGAUAGGGCUUUGGCAGAGCUGAAACUCCGAUAUGGUGAAGAGGCAUCUGAAGCAGGCUCAUCAAAAACCGCCGAAGUUGCUGGAGAGGGACGGAGUAGUAUGAGCUUUCGAAACUUGUUGUCAGUCGAUCCUAAGAACCUUGAUGCCGAUGCAGAAUUACGGCGCUUUUUUGGCUCUAAAGUAAUUGCCUCAACAGCUCAACCCAAUAAACGUCGCCCUGGCGUCCUAUCUAAGCUUCGCUACACAAUAUCCAAACCCAAAUCCCAGUAUCCGCCAACGACAUCGCUUUCCGGACUUGUGAUGCGAGAAAUGCUGAAUGAAGAGGUGAACGAGCUCUAUCGGAGACGAGGGCGUGAGCAAUUGGAUAAAGGCGAAAAGUGGUUUACGUUUGAGCAUGUUGGUGUCUGGAGAGAAAUCGAGAGGCAGUUCAUGGGAGCCGUCCAGUCUCAUGAUCCUAACCAGUUGAUGGCCUUGCUUCAAGUCUAUCCAUGGCAUGUCGAUACUUUGCUGCAAAUGAGCGAAGUCUACAGGCUUCAGUCGGAUAUCGGAGCUGCAUCAGAUUAUGCUGAGCGCGCUCUCUAUGCUUUCGAUAGAUGCCUUAUGCCAACUUUUAGUGUAGUCUCUGGUGCUUCUAGGCUGGAUUUUGAUCGAGUCGAAAACAGACCGUUGUUCACAGCCUUGCACAGGAUCAUCUCCUAUUUGGGCAGAAGAGGUUGUUGGGCUACUGCAUUUAAUUUUGCGAAACUUUUGUUCUCUCUCGACCCAGAGGGGGACCAUCAUGGAGCGGCAUUCUGGCUUGAUUUCCUUGCCAUCAAAUCUGGCAACUCGUCGUGGCUUCUAUCUAUGAUCGACCAAGGUGACAGUCAACCUGCUGCUGCCUCGUGGUUCGCGUAUCCGGGAAUGGCCUAUGCCAAGGCCCUAGCUCUUCGAAUAGAGGAGGAGAAAAGCAAGAGUCAGGACCAUACAGCAAGCGACCUUGCAUUACAAGAGGCGAUCACAGAUUUCCCGCAGGUUGUCGUACCCCUGGCGGAUAAAAUUGGGGCCAGUUUGCCUGAAGGUGUAAGAAGCGAAGCGCUUUUCAGCGUCGAAGCUGGCUACAGCGAGUCCCCAUCCAACGCGAUCCAGCUUCUGUCACAUAUCUAUGUGUCUCGUUCCGAAGCAUUGUGGAAGGACGCCAAUCGUCUGCAGUGGUUUGAGGGCCAGGUAGUCCAUGCACUACCUGAGUUGUAUUCAGAAUCCUCCAAACUUGCUCGAGACGAUAUCCUAGCUCUUAUUCAAGCGCCCCGAGACCCUAUGGACGAUUCCAUCAACGUUCCUUCUUUUAUAUGCCGACAUGUGCUGUGCUCGGAGAAUACAUCGUGGUUGGCUUUCCUCCCUCCUGUAAUCACGUCUCGUCCUUUCCAUUCUUUUGAUCCACUUCCACCGACGACAGCCAUCUCCGUAUACGAUUCGUCAUACUUUUCAGGCGUGCGACCCUCACGGCGUGGCGGAGUUGCUGCGAACGACCGUCCCGACGGGGCCUGGCUGAUGAUGAACACAUUCGUGGAGCGAAUCUUUGAUGCAGUACAGCAAGAUCUUGAAAACUGGCGAGAACGAGUGCAAGUAAUAUGGGAGCAGCUCCAGAGGGAGAAUGACAUGGGGAGGUUACCUCAAGCAGAGAGGGACAAUAUGUAUGAAGGUUUGAUAAGACUAGCCGAAAAUGUGGCCAACGGCCUGCAUGCUCAACAAGCUGUCAAUCCUGGGGGCAUGCCAGGCGCUUUCCCAGAAGCCGAAGGCAACCAUUGAUGGCAGUUGGGCAGACCCCUAGGGUCCAUGCGAUGCAGAACUUUAUUGAGGGUAUUAGCAUAGAGUAGAACCAAGAGAUGUUCGUUAUCAGCGCAUGAUAAUAGUGACGCCUUCAUAAUUUGAAUUAUAC